UUUUGUAGAUUAAAGGCCGGUGAAUCAAGAGAAAAAUUGUUUAAAAAUGAAAAUCUUCGUCUGUAUCCUGUUAAUUAUAUAUUCAGUGAGUCAAAGUCAUGCUGAGUUGAAAAAGGAAACGCUAGUUCUAUUAGAUAAUCUAGCUACGCGUGAAACUCACUCGAUUUUCUUCAAAAGUUUGCAAGAUCGUGACUUUAAGCUAACAUUCAAGCUUGCUGAUGAUCCAAAUCUUCAAUUGGCAAAGUAUGGAGAGUAUUUGUAUCAGAAUGUAAUUAUCUUCUCACCGUUAACCGAGAGUUUUGGAGGCUCCAUUUCAGUCGAAGAGAUUACACAAUAUAUUGAUAAUGGAGGCAAUGUUUUAGUAACUGGAUCAGCUACAUCAGGCGAAGCAAUUAGAGAACUAGCUACAGAAGUUGGAUUUGAAUUGGAUGAAGAGAAUGCAUCAGUUAUUGAUCAUAUGAAUUAUGAUCAGAUUCUUGAUAGUGGAGACCAUACAACAAUUGUGGCAUCGCCCAAAAAUCUUAUUGACUCAGAAAUGAUUGUUGGAAACAAAAAUGUUAAGCCAUUAUUAUAUCGUGGAACUGGAAUUAUUGCUGAUCGUGAAAAUCCUUUAGUUCUUCCACUUUUGACAGCAGAUUCCACAGCUUACAGCUAUAUUCCAGACUCUCCAAUUAAGGAAUAUCCACAUGCUGUUGGACGUAACACAAUUCUAAUUGCAGCACUUCAAGCACGUAAUAAUGCUCGUAUCGUCUUCUCUGGAUCACUUUUCUUCUUUUCGGAUGAAGCAAUUAUGUCACAAGUUAAGAAAAUCGGUGAACGUGAAACUCAUGAAAAGUCUGGAAAUCUUGACGUUAUUGAUGCUAUAAGCAAAUGGUGUUUCAAAGAAGUUGGACAAAUUCGCGUUAAAUCAGUUAAGCAUCACAAAGAAGGAGAAAAAGAAGCACCAGCAAGCUAUACAAUUACCGAGCCUGUUGUCUACACAAUUGAAGUCGAACAAAUGAUUAAUGGUGCCUGGAAAGCAUUUGUUGCUAAUGACGUACAGCUUGAAUUUGUACGUAUUGAUCCAUUUGUUCGUGUUACACUUAAGUCAAUCGGUGGUGGAAAAUAUCAAGCUAAAUUUAAAAUUCCUGAUGUUUACGGAGUUUAUCAAUUCAAAGUUGAUUAUGAUCGUGUUGGAUAUACUCGAUUAUAUAGCACAACUCAAGUUUCUGUAAGACCAUUACAGCACACUCAAUAUGAACGAUUCAUUCCUAGUGCUUAUCCUUAUUAUGCAAGCGCCUUCUCUAUGAUGUUUGGUGUCUUUGUAUUUUCAUUCGUAUUCCUCUACUUUAAGGAUAAGCCUGAUAAGGUUGAAGUUGAAAAGAAAACUAAUUAA